AUGCUUCAUGGCUCCCUGACGUUCCGGGACGUGGCCGUGGACUUCUCCCCCGAGGAGUGGCGCUGCCUGCGGCCUCCCCAGAAGGAGCUGUACCGGGAGGUGAUGCUGGAGAACUACCGGACCCUGGUGUGCCUGGGCCUCGCUGGGGCCAAGCCAGACGUGAUCUGCCAGCUGGAGAGGGGGGGAGCCCCGACGGUGCCGGACAGAGAUGUUCCCCGAAGCGGCCCUGCAGCCCAGGGUGGACGAGGGACAGCUGCCCGGCCUACCCUUCCUCACGCCCAGACCUUGACCCGGAAAGCUUUACGAAUUCAAGCUUCUGAGAAAUCCCAUAAAUAUAGUGAAUAUGAGAAAGCUUUCCACAAGGGCUCACCACUUAUUAUACAUCAGAAAAUCCAUAGUAGCAAGAAACCUCAUGAAUGUAAUGAAUGUGGGAAGACCUUCAGUGUGCGAACAGGACUUACUCGACAUCAGAGAAUUCAUACUAGAGAGAAACCUUAUGAAUGCAGUGAAUGUCUGAAGGCCUUUAAUCAGCGAUCACACCUCACUCAACAUCAGAGACUUCAUACAGGAGAGAGACCUUAUGAGUGUCAUGAAUGUGGGAAGGCCUUCAUUGUGAAAACUGGACUUAUUCAACAUCAGACAACUCAUACUGGAGAGAGGCCUUAUGAAUGUAGUGAGUGUGGAAAGGGCUUCAGUUUGAGGACAGAUCUCACCAGGCAUCAGAAACUUCAUACGAGAGAGAAACCUUAUGAAUGUUUUGAAUGUGGGAAGGCCUUCCAUUGGAGCUCACACCUUACUCAGCAUCAGAGAAUUCAUACUGGAGAAAAACCUUAUGAAUGUAAAGACUGUGGGAAGGCCUUUCACCAGAGGUCAAGCCUUAAUGAACAUCAGAGAAUUCACACUGGAGAGAAACCUUAUGAAUGUAACGAGUGUGGGAAGGCCUUCAGUAGAAGCUCACGACUUAUUGUACAUCAGAGGAUUCAUACCGGAGAGAAACCUUAUGCGUGCAAUGAAUGUGGGAAAGCCUUUAGCAAGAGCUCACAACUUAUUGUACAUAAAAGAAUCCAUACUGGAGAGAAACCUUAUGAGUGUAAUGAAUGUGCAAAGGCUUUUAGAAGUAGCUCAGGACUUAUUCAACAUCAGACGACUCAUACUGGAGAGAAACCUUUUGAAUGUAAUGAAUGUGGGAAGCCCUUCAGCCAUAGCUCACAUCUUAUUGUACAUCAGAGAAUUCACACAGGAGAGAAACCUUAUGAAUGUAACGAGUGUGGGAAGGCCUUCCGUUUGAAGACAAGUCUUACAUUACAUCAGAGAAUUCAUACUGGAGAGAAACCUUUUGAAUGCAAUGAAUGUGGAAAGACCUUCAGUGCCUUCAGGCAGAGAUCACAGCUUACUGUACAUCAGAAAAUUCAUACUGGAGAGAAACCUUAUGAAUGCAGUGAAUGUGGGAAAGCCUUCAUCCGGACAACAGAUCUCACUCGGCAUCAGAGAAUUCAUACUGGGGAGAAACCUUAUGAAUGUAAUGAGUGUGGAAAGGCCUUUAGCCAGAGGUCACAGCUUACUGUUCAUCAGAGAAUUCAUUCUGGAGAGAAACCUUAUGAAUGUAAUGAGUGUGGGAAGGCCUUCAGUCAGAGAUCCCAACUUAUUGUUCAUCAGAAAAUUCAUAUAAGAAAGAAGCCGUAUCCUCCUUUAUCUUCUUUAAUCAAUUAAGUAUUUGACACUAUUAAGUUCCUUGUACUCCUGGGUAUUCUUCUCCUUCCCUGUCUUUGGAUCAUACAAUUAGAGGUUUUUCUCUUACCUCUUUUUAACUGUGUCUUCUCUGUCUUAACUCUGUUGUGAAUUGGU